AUUGCAAUUAUCGUAGAAAUGAAUUUGAAAACACAUACAUCCUUAUACUAUGAUAAUGGAAGUUUUAUUUUUAAAAUUGGUGGUAUCGAUAUAAAUAUCAGUACAAAAACACGAAUAUCUACCAUACAUUUCAAAGGGCCAAAUAUCGAUAUACUCUCAUCGAUAAUGGUAUCGGAAUAAAAAUACCAAUAUUUGGCUGCCAUGGACAGUGGAAAAGUUUGUUUUGUUUAUUCUUUAUUGUGAAUGUAAAUUGUAAAUGAAUAAAGCAAACUGUAUCAUAGAAAAAUAAAAAACUUAAGUUCUGUGAUUUUUCUUAGUUGAACAAUUACACAAAAUUCCAGUUGCACACAGGUUUAUUAUCAAAACUCAUAAUAUUUACUGAUAAGUUUAUCACAGAUUUUUAAUGGCAUGAUAAAGCCUGUCUUCUUGAUUGAUUACUAAAUCUUGCAUCUCUAUCAUUGUUUGAUAAAAUGGCAAGUGAAGUAGAAGAUACUUUGAAAAGGAUUCAAUCGCACAAAGGUGUCAUUGGAACUAUAGUGGUAAAUUCCGAAGGUAUUCCUAUCAAGACAACAAUGGACAAUACAACAACAGUACAAUAUGCUGGUCUUAUAAGCCAACUGUCGGACAAAGCACGUAGUGUGGUUCGAGAUCUGGAUCCCACCAAUGAUCUCACCUUCCUCAGAAUCAGAUCAAAAAAGCAUGAGAUUAUGGUUGCUCCUGAUCGAGAAUUCAUUCUCAUUGUUAUACAGAAUCCAGCAGAAUGAAGAGAAAACUUGCUUUAUGAUUAGAAGAUGAAAUUUAUUUAUAUAUUCAAUGAUAUAACUUAAUAUACACUUAAUUUUAUUACACUUGAAUAUUUUCAUUCAAUUUUUUUAUUCUUAACUUUUAAUUUUGAAUCAAUAAAAUUAAUUUAGAUCUUUCAUGCAAAUUAUAAAGCACCUUGUAAACCAAACUUUUAUUGCUGCAACUUCACAUGCUAUUUUAUUUUAUGAAAUAAUAUAGUUUUAAUAAAAAAUACUGAUAGCUUUAUACGUUAUGCUCUGUAUUUUUCACAAAUGAAUGUUAUAAUUCUUCACACACACUAAAGUACUUUGGACUUUCUAAACUUGAUUCAUGAUGGUUUAGAAUCCACCU